AUGUCUGACUGGGAUUCUACUACUGUUAUUGGCCGCAGAGCUCAUGCUGGUGGUUCUGGUCCUCGUGCUAACGUUGCUAGAACUCAAGGUCAAAUCAAUGCCGCCCGUCGUGAAGGUAAUGUCUUAUCUGUCGAUAAGAAGUACGGUACUACCAAUACCCGUGGUGAUAAUGAAGGUCAACGUCUAACGAUGGUCGAUCGUGAAACUGAUAUUAUUAAGCCUAAGAAGUUGGAUGCUACUGUCGGUAAGACUAUUUCUAAAGUACGUACAGAAAAGAAAAUGUCACAAAAGGAUUUAGCUACUAAGAUUAACGAAAAACCACAAAUUAUUAAUGAAUAUGAAUCUGGUAAAGCCAUCCCAAAUCAACAAAUUUUGGGUAAGAUCGAAAGAGCUCUUGGUGUUAAGUUAAGAGGUAAGAACAUUGGUGAACCAUUGUUUGGUAAGAAGAAAUAA